GCCACCCACUCCUGAUUAUAAUCCUACUAUACACCACCCUUUUGUGUCGACAGUCAAGAGAAUAGGCCGUCAUAUCCUAUCCCCGGAACAUGUCCGAUAAUUCAAAACAACUGGAAGUACUCAUGAAAAUAAUAGAGCAAUCACCGCUCAGAUUUAUUUGUCCUAAAUGCUUGAAAGGCUUUCCUCGUGGUGACAAAUUAAAUGAGCAUUUUCGCGACUCAAAAGAUGAGAUCCAUCAAGGCCUAUUUAUCAAUAACCACAAUUCUCGACAAUUCCAUGAAUUCUAUCAACAGGCUCUUGAUUUAGAAAUCCCUUUUCAAGAUUUUCAAAGAAAGAACCGAGCGCAAGUCUUCGAAUUGGCAUUCAUCCUUGAACACAUCCGCAAAAAAGAACCAAAUUCCUACCGUGAGUGA